AUGCGGUGGUGCCUUGCGUUGCUUCUCUGCGGCUUCUUGGCCGCGGUCAACGCCUUGAGUAGCUCCGGCAGCCGCCUGUUGGUUGUCCUGGACGAGUCCACAGAUCAGAGUGCCUACUCGACAUUAUGGUCGGAUCUCAAAGGUCGCGGGUACGACGUUUCCUUCGAAUCGCCCAAAAGCGACAAGCUGUCUCUCUUCAAGCACGGCGCACGAGCUUAUGAUCAUCUGCUCAUUCUUCCUCCCAAGUCCAAAGGCCUCGGUCCCAGCUUGACCCCGAAGAAUAUCUUGGACUUCCUGAACAAAGACGGCAACAUCCUCCUCGCCCUUUCUGGCAGGGCCGCUACCUCUAGCGCCAUUAGCUCCCUCCUCCUCGAAGUCGACAUCCAGCUCUCGAACGACCGGUCGUCGGUUGUUGUUGAUCAUUUCAACUACGAUACAGUCUCUUCCGCGGAGAAGCACGACGUCCUCCUUCUUCAGCGGCCCGGACCUUUACGCCCCGAUGUCAAGGCCUUUUUCAACGGCGAAGGCGUUGUCGCCCUGCCUCGCGUCGCUCCGCAGACUCUAGGCAGUGAAAGCAACCUUGUAUCACCUAUCCUUCGUGCCCCAGCGACAGCCUACGCAUACAACCCGAAGGAGGAAAUGCCCGCACCUGAAGAUAUUGAGGCGACAGGCUCUCAGCUGAAUAUUGUCUCCGCUAUGCAAGCCCGCAACUCUGCUCGCUUCACAGUCCUCGGCUCUGUGGAGGCGCUGGAGGACCAGUGGUUCUCUGCGUCCGUUCAGGCUCCUGGUGGCAAGAAAACCACCACCGUCAAUCGCGAAUUUGCCAAGCAAUUGACUGCCUGGGCUUUCAAGGAGACUGGUGUCCUCAAGGUCGAGAAGAUUGAGCAUCACCUUGCCACUGACGGCGAGGUUGCUCCGGAGAACUUGAACCCCAAGAUCUACCGCAUCAAGAACGAGACAGUCUUCAAUAUCGAGGUCUCCGAAUACAGUUACGAUAAGUGGGUACCCUUCGAGGUUCCUGGCAACGACGAACUCCAGCUGGAAUUCACCAUGCUCUCACCCUUCCAUCGCCUGGCCUUGAAGCCCGUUGGCCGCACGGAGACUAGCACCAUCUACAGCACCAAGUUCACCACGCCCGAUCAACACGGUAUCUUCUCUUUCCGCAUCAACUAUAAGCGACCUUUCUUCACCAACAUUGAGGAAAAGCACGAAGUGACCGUGCGUCACUUUGCCCACGACGAGUAUCCGCGCAGCUGGGACAUUUCCGCUGGAUGGGUUUGGAUCGCCGGUUUGUGGUCGGUGAUCGGUGGCUUCCUGGCGUUCGUUCUUGUCUGGCUGUACUCGGCUCCAGCUACCGACAAGCUCAAGAAGACGCAGUAA